CAAUUUUUUCUUGCUUUUUAAACCUCUUAGUAUAAUCUUUUUAUCAAUCAUAGUUUUCGAAAUGGAACCCAAGAAGAUUUCUUUUUUAAAACCACCCUUUUUUGUUUCUCUUUUUUGGGUGAAGUUGAAAGUCGGCUGAUUCUUUUUAGGGGGAGCUCACAGGCAAAAUUUAAUAAAUUGGAAACUAAUCUUUCGUUACCGUAUGCCCCAAAGUACUCUCAAAUUACUUCAAAUUAAAUUUUGACUAUUAGACCUACACAAACAGAUCUUUUCAGUCUCCUCCAAAUGAUCGAUUAAAUUACCGAGGGUAGAUUUACUUUUGCAACAUUUAUUUUGAAAAAGGAGAAAUUUACGUAGAAAUUCUGAAACUGACGCCACCAAAAGUGAAAAUUUGGUUAGCUUUGCAGUCAAGUUGAGCUAUUUUAAUUCCUUCGUACACUUCACCUCCCAUUUUUAGCUAAUUUAUUUGCCCCUCUCUCUUCGCGUCUGCCCUCUGUCGCCAAAUAUUCGACCAUAGCCUGUUGCCUUUUUUCUGACAUUUCCGCAGGUAACCUCUCAAAAUACAAGCGUUCACAUCUAUUAGGCUUUUAACAAAAAAAUCUCUUAGCUCCAAAUUUUUCCAAGUGACAUUCUUAAUGUAGCUAUGUCAUUUUUCAGACGUGAUAUAAACUAUUUGUGACUAACUAUCAUCAAAAACCAAAAACGUUCUGUCGCUAAACGCAUCUAAAAUUUCGAAAAGCAAUUUAUUAAAAAGCUCUUUUAUUGUUAAUUACUAGCAACCAUUAUUUUUUUCCAUGCAACGAGUUACCAUACUUUUAACUCCUGUGACGUUUUUUUUGUAGCAAUAUAAGGAACUAUUAUCUUAGAGAUGUGACACGUUUUAAGAAAUUGCUUCAUGCUUUGAGGGCGCGAUUUGUUCCUCUUAGCACUGUCUCAAAAUAUUUGCCUACUCUCAUCAAUCUUUUAAAAAGCUUUUAUGUGGAAUAAGCAGUUACAACCCGCUACCGACGUCACACGUCUUUUUACAAAUUUUCCUUCUCUUUUUUCUUUCUCUCUGCGCUCUCUAAAAUACUCCCAAGUGACCAUUUUACAAGCGAGAUGGUUCGAAAAAUUAUGACUUCACUUUUAUUCCAUUGUUGCCCUCAGCUCGAGCCAAUCCCGUAGGGCCUGCGCAGUAAUCAAGCGGAGCAAGGAUUCUGCGUACUUAACCGUUUCCAAUCAUAUCUAUAGACGAAAAAAAUUGCAUUUAAAAAGGUUAUAAAAUAUAUCCAAACAGUUCGCUUGACCAUUUGAUGAAAUAAAUGACCAAUCUUUCUCUUUUAAUGAAGCUCCGAGAAAACUGAAUGAACCUUUCAUAUUGGCUUUUUUCAUAAUUACUACAAUAACCUUGUUUCAGGCAAAAAAGUAAUUUCCAACUUCUCUUGAUCGAUACUCCAAUUUUUGAGUUAGUUAUUUCAUAUAUGGUUUUCAAAAAUCAAUUCUAAUUUUCAAUUACUUUUUCUUGCUGCGAAUUAAUUUUUAAUUUAUUUUUUCUUCCCUUAGAAAAUUGUGCAAUCUUCAAAUUUGAUCGACUUUUCUUCGGAGUUUAUUAAACUCUUCUCUCCGCCUUUAUAUCUCAAUUUGCUGACAUUUUCCAAUCAUUCAUAAAUCAACUAAUUGGCUGCAAUUAGGUUAGUAGGUAGCAUCUAACAUGGCUGCGACAAAACAGUUUUUCAACAAAAUUAUGGAUUCUGAUGUUGUUAAAACUGUUCGCAAAAAAUCGCAAGGAAACCAGUCGCAAAUAAGUGAUACUAGUGAAACAUAUUCGGUUAUUGCCACGGAAAUUACGAAAUCACCAGAAGAAAAAAUAAUCGAGCUAUAUGAUACAUUCCUGGAACAGGCACCUGAAAAUCCACAAAAACUGAAGGCUAAGUUCGAUGAUUUCGGCUUUAUAGUCUUCGGCCGAGCAAGUACAACAAGCAGCGACUCGGGAGAUUUCAAAGACAAAGAUCAGAAACGAUACAAAAAAAUGAGUGCCAAAUUAUCCAAGAUAAAAAACAAAUCGCCCGAUAGUAGACUAAGCAUGAGUGAGAAAAUUAGGUCAAGCAAGAAGUUCAAAAAAUGGAGCUACAAGGGUUUUCCGUUGGACCUACGAGACGAAAUAUACUCUUCAUUAGCUAGCUCGUACUGUACGAACGAAUCAUCAGACGUGUACGAGACGAUGGUAUCAUUCGGCCGAAAAAACUCGACGUUCAUUAGGCAGAUUGACGCGGAUAUCCAUCGAACACUACGUAAACAUUCGUUCUACUCGGAGCGAUACAGUACAAAACAAAAACAUCUUUUCAACAUUCUCGUUGCGUAUUCGGUUUUCAACCCUCAAAUUGGCUAUUGUCAAGGCCUUAAUUUAAUAGCUGCCAUUCUGCUCAUCUAUAUCAAAAAUGAACCCAAAACGUUCUGGGCUCUUCAUUGGAUUUUGGUUGACCCUUUGAACUCUCAUUUUGGAUUCAUGUGUCCAGGGUUCCCGAAAUACCAGUGCUUCGAAGACCAUUUUCGAAACAUCUUACGGCUUCAGUUAAAUGAUGUCUACGAGAACUUUGAACUGCAAAACAUCCCUUAUUCGGCGUUUUUGCCCAAGUGGUUUUUCCUACUUUUCCUCGAGGCUUUGCCAUUUGCUGAAUCGAUUCGUGUGUUUGAUAUUUUCAUGUUUAGAGGCCAAAUUGCACUAAUUCCUUUCGCCAUUACCAUUAUGCAAUAUUACAGAAAACACCUAGCUAAAUUAUCAAUGGAAAAUGUAAUUACUUUUAUACUAGAUGCUGUCCCUUCUGACAUUUACGUGGAGCGAGAUAAAUUGUUUUCCGACUUCAAGAAGAUUUUCAAGAAGUUCAAAAAACUGGGUCUGUGUUUGCCGCCGGCAGUUGAACGGCAUAAUGUUGAUAUCGAUUAUGAGUUUGGGCGAGACGCUUUGCGAGAAAUCGAGUGUGAAAAAGAGAGCAGAAGUCUUGAAAAAGAGAUUGUCGGUUCUAGUAAUGAGUUGCUCAUCGUCACUGAGGUUCCUGUGAUCGAAAUCGAUUCGUUAGAGGAAUCGGACGCAAAGUCCGAACAGAAGCCGGAGUGGCAAAAAUUUCCAGAAGCGCCAGAAAAGGGUUCAAGCUGUCAUCUUGAAGAAGACAGAGAAUCGGCCAUCUCCGGAACGUCAUCUGCAGUUUCAGUUACGUCAGAGAAAACAAACAUUUCUGAAAAGAUCGCCCAAAAAAUGCCCGAAUUGAUUAAAUUUAAAGACGCAAAACAGUCUUUACAAACAGGUUUUAAACGAACUUUUGAAAAACCAGCCGGUCUCUCGAAAAUUUUGACUCAUGCAUUUGCUACUUCAAGACCAAAAGAAAUCGAAUCAAGGGUAUAUUAUAAUGAAUCGAAACUUCAGGAUUCUAAAAGCAUAUCUAACCAAAGUAUAGACGUCAGGCAUCAUUAUCCAAGCAGGUCCGAUAGUCGAGAAGACAGCGUUGACUUAUUUGAUUCUGUGAAUAAAAUGCUGCUUCAUGAAAUACAAGCGGCAGGACUUAAAAAACGCGGAGCUAAGAGUAACUUAAACGUCAGAAAAUUGUCCAAUAGCUCUUCACAUAAAUCGCUUGAAACUCCUUCCAGCGGAUUCCAGCGAUCAAUGAGCGACGCAGUUUUGAAAAUGACUGAAACUGAAAUUAUUAUCCAGUUUAUUGAACAUGAAAACAAAAACAACUCUGAUCAGCAUCUUGCGAGUCCUUUACGUUGUUCGGAAGAAAAUGCACCUAGUGAACAAAUUUUUGCCGAGAAAAAUGACAAGAAAGAAGUAUUAUUGAAGAAAGAAUCUUUCAAUGACGCCGUUAUUACUCUGGUUAAAAACCAGAGCCCAAAAGAAGUUAAAUUCAAAAGUAUUUUGAACGAUUGCAGUCCAAAUGUUAAAAAGUUGAGCCUUUUGAGGAGUUUCCAGGCAACAAAAGACCAUUUCAUGAAUUAUUCUGAAGACGUUUGCUCAGUUAGAAAGUUCAAAAUUCCUCAAACUCUCUCGCCUCAUUCAAAUGAAAUGGUGAAAAAGAUCAUAUCUAAAACUAUUUCUAACGGUCAAAACGCAAAAAAAAUUGAAGCGGGUUUUGACAAUCCGAAAAUGGCCGACAAUGCUCUCCCAGUUUUAAAUGACGAAAACUAUGUGAGAGAAAAACUUGUCAACUCAUCAAACUCAAAUCAAUUCAACGAAGCAACAGCCAACGUUUCCUACGCCCCAGUUGAAACGGAUGAAGAAGAACCAGCGUUUGCCGGCGUUUUUCAAGGUGAACAAAUUUCGCACAUUACGCAAGAUGUUGAAAUUGAGCAUACAGUUAAAAAAGUUGUGAUAUCAAAAGAUGAUUUAGUCGAUGGAGAAACUUCAGACCUAAUUGCUGAAAAAACAAGCAUAUCGAAAGUCAUCCCCAAUACAGACACACAUAUUGAAAGCCAAAGAACAAAAAACUGUGAGAACGAACACGAAACAAAAAUUGUAAGGCCAAAAGCAGACGACACCGUUGAUAUAAACUCAUGUUCCGACGGAUCUGAUCAGACCAAGCUGGAAAAAUGAGCGCACUUAUAAAAACGGACAAUAUAAUAUAUCUCUAGUAACCAUCCAUGUUAGAUGUCGAAAAUCGUAUACUGCAUUCAGGGGCGGAUCUAGGAUUU